UGAAAAUAUUCAUACUAUAAUGUUAGUCAUUCAAAGUGUACAAGUAAUUUAAUGUUUCGACCCACCUAGACCAAAUGAGAACAUACCCGUAGUAAUAAAUAAACCUGGUGAAAACGCAAUAAACUAUUUAAAACCUUCAAACCUGCUGAAAACCUGCAAACUUGCUGAAACUGCAAUAAACUGUUUUAAACCUGAAACAUUUUGACUGCCAGAAAACCUGAAAUUGUGUCUAAAAUUUUAUUAAGAUUUUGAAAAUUUUCACUUCAUCAACUCUGCUUCUUCCGACAACAAUUAUUGUUAAGAAAAAUUUAGCAUUAUUUUAUUUCAAAAAUAAAAAAAAUUUAAAGCAUCCUGGCACCGGCAAAUUUCAGGGACUUCAAGAUGGCAGCUCCAGACACACCUGGCAACCGCCCACCUGGUGGGGAUGGCCCUCCCCUGCGCCACCCCCACAACUUCAACUCAUUCCAGUUCGUGUCACAGUUGAUAUCGGCAACGCCUCCUUACCUCUUCAACAUGACCUCACCUUUCCACGGUAAUUUCUUCAGCGACCUCCUGCGUCGCAUGGCACCACGGGGCCCAGGUCAGCCUCCUGACGCGGCUCUACAGCAGCACCUGAGGGCGGCGCUGCUUGCCAAAGGAUCGCCCCCGUCGAUGCCGCAUCUUCCUCCGCAACUUGAUAUUCCCCUGCAUCGUUCCCAUCCGCUGUACGAAGACAAAGGGCUUAAGAGGUCCCUCUACAGCGACGGUAUCGCAUCCAGUGACGCGGAUUUGGGUAUCAAAAGAGCACGGAUGGAUGAUGAUCGUAUAAGUCGGCCCGCCGAGGCCCUUCAGGCCCCUCUGCUAAUGCAGCCUCCUUUCCUGCACUCGCCUGUCCCUCCCCCUCCGGAUGUCCUUUCACCGUGGGCUGCUCACGCUUCCCUCUUGCGUCCUCAGGUUCCACUUCCAGCGCAUCUCCCUCCUCCACCCAUCGAUCCAUACAGGCUUCUCUUGGACCUGCGUUUGGCUGGGCAGCUAAGGUCCUUUGCCUCAGGACCUCCCAAGGACCUGCCUGUACCUCCACCUCUUCCGCCGUCGUCCAAUGGCUCGUCAGUGAUGCCUCCUCUGCACUUAGGUCGUCCAUCGCCAGUAUCUUCGUCACGUACUGCCCAUGAGGACACACAACCUUCCAGCACGAGUGUCCUGCGUGGCAGCGACGAUCGCAUCUCAGCUUUCCAUCCUCCAGGACGCGAGGUUCCGGAAACCAGCGACGAAGAAGGAGGAGUGGAGCGUCGGAGCCACAGCAGCAGCAGUGGCUGUAGUAAUGCCAGUAAAGAAAGUCUCGGUACUCAGUAUAUCUUCAGACACCUCACGCAAAUUUACCGCAGCAUCGACGGCCAGAGGGAGGACGGGUCCAAGCAACCCGACAGCAGCAGCGAGAGGCCGGAAUCUCCGGAAGAUCGCAAGAAAAAUUCCCAGCCUGACGCCAACGAAACUGAAGCAAAGACCACCGAGUAGCCAUGCAGAGCCAUUGCUUGUAAAUCAUUUCGUGCAAUAUCAUAAUAUAAUUCACGAUAUAGUCAAUCCCUAAGUCAUUCUUCAUGACAAUAAAUCGUUUAGUAAAGUUAAGAUCAACCUUAGUAGAAUAGAGGGACAUAGAUGCUGUACAUAAACUGCACUUCGUAUAUGUAAUUUGAUGGUAUGAAUGUAUAGCAUAGGUUGCAGCAGCUAUAGUGAAUCCGGCAUUGCCGAUUAAGCCACAUUUUGGCUGUUCCAGAUAAAGCAGAAUCAGAACAGCUAACUUUUGGUUUCAAACCAGCAACUCACUGCUCCAACAUUGUUUCCCUUUUUCCUUUAAUCGCUUUGCCGCAUCUCCAAUUUUUACCUAAAUUUAAACGAUUAGUUCCGGGUUUCAAACCAGCAACUCACUCUUCAAUUCGGGUGAUCUGCUAAUUUUUCCAGUGUAAAUGCAGGAAUAAAAGUCAUGUGAAUAUGUAUAUCAGGUAAUGAAUUCAUGAUGCAACCUUAGCUGAAGAAUUUUUAAUCAUUUUAUAUAUGUUUUUUCCCCAUUCUUAUGCAAGACUUUCGACCAUUUGCAAAUGUAUGUUCGGGAAGAAAGAAGUAGGAUUGAUAUUUCGUUUUUCGGAGAAUUUAUUGAAAAAUUUAAAUUCGCAACAUCUUUAAAAUUGUAUGACUUUAAGGUCGUAAAACCGUUUUUUUUAUAUAUUUAUUACAUAAUAAAAGAAAUUUCCAUCAUGUCAGGCAAUUAUAGUAAAACCAUCACUAUAUUAAUUAAUUCUAAAUUUCAUCACAUUACUUAUCAUUAGCAAAUU